AUGGACCCUCUGGAUGGAUCAACACACAAGGACGGGGGCCAGAGGUCAAGGAGAACCUUCCGGAAGUCCCCGUCCGUGGUCUGCCUGGGGGCCUACCUGAGAUCCGCCCGCAUCCGGCUGCAACCGGUUCCUCCUAGUUCAGACCAGCUCCAUCUGGCUCAAUCGCUCCCGCCGCAGCCGGGCCGCGUGGCGAUCGUGACGGGCGGCACCGACGGGCUGGGGCUGGCGGCCGCGCGGCGCCUGGCGGAGCUGCGCAUGCGCGUCGUGCUGGCGGGAAAUAACACAUCCCGGGCGGAAGCCGCCGUCCGUGACGUCAGAGAGCAGACGGGGAACGACCAAGUGGAGUUCAUGUACCUGGACCUGGGCUCCCAGCACUCGGUGCGAGAGUUCGUGCGUGAGUUCAAGGCGAAGCAGAUCCCCCUGCACGUGCUGGUGAACAACGCCGGGGUGAUGAUGGUGCCACGCAGGCUGACGCCCGACGGGUUGGAAGAACACUUUGCCGUCAACUACCUGGGCCACUUCCUGCUGACCCUGCUGCUGCUCGACCUCCUACGCGCCUCGGGAACCCCGGACCGGACGGCCCGCGUGGUGAACGUGACCUCUGCCACCCACCACCUAGGCUACAUCUGCAUGGACGACCUGCAGGGCAGCCGGGCCUACUCCCCGCACGCGGCCUACGCGCAGAGCAAGCUGGCGUUGCUCCUGUUCACCUUCCGGCUGCACCGUGUGCUGGAGGCCGGGGAGGAGGAAGAGGAGGAGGAGGAGGAGGAGGAGGAGGAGGGCGGCCGCCAUGACGCCCCCCGCGUCUCGGCCCUGGCCGUGGACCCCGGCGUGGUGGACACGGGCCUCUACCGACACGUGUGGUGGGGGACGCGGCUGGUGCAGAGGCUGCUGGGACGCUGGGCCUUCAAGGGAGCAGGACACGCCCACAGUGAGGUAGACACGCCCACAGGGACGAAGAGGCGUCUAGGCCACGCCCACAAGGUGCUAGACCACGCCCACAAGGAGUUAGGCCACGCCCACCUCGGCGGGACCCUCCCAGGACACGCCCACAGGGAGCUGGACACGCCCACAGGGACGUAG